AUGAUGAAGCAACAGAUGAGAAAGUUGGUAGUGUUGGUGAUAAUGAUCGGAGUUGGUUGUAUAGCAUCGGCAAGGGGGAGCGUAGAUUGCAACACGGUGACGGCGUUCAUAUCAGCAUGCUCCACCUUCGUGAGUUAUGGGUCCCCUGACCCCAUCCCUGGCACCCCAUGCUGUCAGGCUGUCGGUAGCAUCAACACCCUCGCCACUUCCAGACACGACCGCCAGUCCAUCUGCCGUUGCUUGAUGGGCCUCAUUACUGUUUACAAUCCCAACGCCACCGCCAUCGCUACCUUGCCCGGUUUCUGCGGCGUUUCUCUAGGCUUCAUCAUUGCACCCAACACCGACUGCAACUAG